AAAAUGUCGUGACGCAGGCACAUCUUUUGAUGACGUUUACACAUCACCGUGCGUUUGGGACAAAGUGGGGAAGUGGACAUCGUGGUUUUGGUGAAAAGUUUUGGUCCUUCCGAGCUGGUUUAGCGCUUUUUGCAGACUUCUCUUGUCUUGCGGGACAGAAAAGUGCAGGUCAGAGAAAGAUGUCUGACAGUGAAGGGAGCAACUUCUCCGAUGACGGCAGCUUUGUCGCCAGCGACGACGAUGCUGGGAGUGACAUUGGGAGUGACCUCGGCAGCCCGGGGGGCAGCGGGGGAGGCAGCGGCGGGGAAGACGACUCGAAGGAAGUGGAGACGAGGCGUAAGAUCGUGACGGAGGAAGAGGAGGAUGAGGUAGACGAGGAAGACGAUUACGAGGAUGAAGAAGAAGAUGAAGACUAUGGAGUAGGUGGACCAAAAAAGAAAAAGAAGCCCAGAUUUGGUGGAUUUAUCCUAGACGAGGCCGAUGUUGAUGAUGAUGAUAUUGAGGAGGAAGAGGAUUGGGAGGAAGGUGCUCAGGACCUGAUUGAGAAAAGUUCUGUCAUCGGCGACUCUGACCAGGAACGUAGCGGCGCUCAGCGAUUGGCCAACCUGUGGAGAGACAGAGAGGCAGAUGAGUUGGGUGAAUACUACAUGAGGAAGUAUGCCAGCUCUAGCAGCAGAGACGAAACUGGGGGAGAGUAUGAACUAUCUGAUGACAUCACACAGCAAGGCUUGCUACCUGGAGUCAAAGAUCCAAACUUGUGGACUGUCAAGUGCAGGAUAGGAGAGGAGAAACAAACAGCCAUCAUGAUGAUGAGGAAGUUCAUCGCUCUGCAGUACUCAGACGAACCCCUACAGAUCAAGUCUAUUGUAGCUAAGGAGGGUCUGAAGGGGUACGUGUACGUGGAGUCUUUCAAACAGACCCACGUGAAGCAGGCCAUCACCGGAGUGGGGAACCUGCGGCUGGGGCUGUGGCAGCAACAGAUGGUCCCCAUCAAGGAAAUGACGGAUGUCCUGAAGGUGGUGAAAGAAACCGUUGCUCUGAAGCCCAAGUCGUGGGUACGUCUGAAGCGAGGUGUGUAUAAGGAUGACCUGGCACAGGUGGAUUAUGUGGAGCCCAGUAUGAACUCUGUUCACCUCAAACUUAUACCACGGGUGGACUAUACCAAACUGAGGGGUGUACAGAAGGCUUCACAGGACCAGGGAGAGAAGAGGAAAAAGUUCCGCAGACCUCCACAGAAACUGUUUGACGUCGAUGCCAUCAGAGCUAUAGGAGGGGAGGUGACUUCUGACGGAGACUUCCUAAUCUUUGAGGGAAACCGCUACAGUCGUAAAGGCUUCCUGUUCAAGACCUUUGUCAUGUCUGCCAUUAUCACAGAAGGAGUAAAACCAACCCUGUCAGAGCUGGAGAAGUUUGAAGACCAACCUGAGGGAAUGGACAUCGAGUUGGUUCCUGAGUCCAGAGGUAAGGUGGACAAGCAGCACAGCCUGGCCCCCGGUGACAUUGUGGAGGUGGCAGAGGGAGAACUGAUCCACCUGCAGGGCAAGGUCAUGACGGUCGAUGGGAACAAGGUCACCAUCAUGCCCAAACACGAGGACCUAAAGGAACCUCUUGAAUUCCCUUCGCAUGAGUUGAGGAAACAUUUCAACAUGGGUGACCACGUGAAGGUGAUCGCAGGCCGGUAUGAGGGGGACACAGGUCUGAUUGUUCGCGUAGAGGACAACUAUGUGGUGCUCUUCUCUGACUUGACCAUGCACGAGUUGAAAGUUCGUCCCCAGGAUCUGCAGUUGUGUACAGAGAUGAGUUCAGGUGUGGACUCCAUGGGACAGUUCCAGUUUGGAGACCUGGUCAUGCUAGAUCCACAGACUGUAGGCAUUAUUGUCAGACUAGAGAGGGAGUCUUUCUCAGUACUCAACAUGCACGGAAAGGUUGUUAACGUGAAACAGAAUGCAGUCACACAGAAGAAAAACACCAGAAAUGCUGUCGCUCUCGAUGCAGAACAGAACAACAUCCAAGUCAGAGACAUAGUCAAGGUCAUCGACGGGCAACACUCUGGUCGGCAAGGUGAGGUGAAGCACCUGUACCGCAGCUAUGCCUUCCUCUACUCCAAGAUGAUGACAGACAACGGUGGGAUGUUCGUGGUCCGCUCCAGACAUGUCGUACUCGCAGGAGGGUCAAGGCCCAGUAACACGACGACAGUGAUGGGAGGGUUUGCCCCGAUGUCUCCUAGACUGUCCAGUCCACAACACCCCAGCAGUGGUGGGGGAGACAGAGGAGGAGGUAGUGGGGGAGGACAGGGCAGGGGACGGGGGCGUGCCAGGAGGGACAUGGAACUCAUCGGGCAGACUGUCAGGAUCUGUCAGGGGCCUUACAAAGGCUAUAUUGGUAUGGUGAAAGAUGCUACAGAGUCCACAGCCAGGGUAGAACUACACUCCAGCUGUAAGACUAUCUCUGUAGACAGGUCCAGACUCAACCCUGUAGGGGGUCCAGUUAGAGGAGGAGCCAGUACAUCGUACGGUAGAACACCGAUGUACGGCUCACAGACCCCCAUGUACGGCGCCGGGUCACGUACACCCAUGUACGGGUCACAGACUCCGCAGUACGAAGGAGGCAGAACCCCCCACUAUGGUUCGCAGACCCCCCUGCAUGACGAUGGUAGCCGCACCCCCGGCAGAACAGGGGCGUGGGACCCCACCAACCCUAACACCCCCUCCAGGCCGGAUGAUUUUGAUUAUCGUUUUGACGACGCCACGCCGUCGCCGCAAGGUUACGGAGCGGCCACACCAAAUCCCGCCACGCCGGGUUACGUGUCGGCGGACUCUCCGGCCGACCACUCCGGACCGUUCACGCCACAGACGCCGGGAACGGCGGGCAUGUACGGCAGCGAGACCACGUACUCACCGUAUCAACCCACGCCAUCACCACAGGGGUCGUACCAAGCCACCCCCAGUCCCGCAGGUUACCAACCUGCCCCCUCCCCAGCCGGCUACCAAGCCACCCCCUCGCCCGCUGGCUACCAGGCAACCCCCUCCCCUGCAGGCUACCAGGCCACCCCCUCACCCCUGGGGUUCAGCCCCAUGACCCCGGGGGCCCCCUCACCGGGGGGGUUCAACCCCCAGACACCGGGGGCUAGCCUGGACCAGGGAGGGACUGAUUGGCAGACAGUGGACAUCACCGUGCGAAUCCGCGAAACCCACGAAGACCCCGACCUCAUCCACCAGAGAGGUGUUAUCCGCAGCAUAUCGGGUGGUAUGUGUUCCGUGUACCUGUCAGAAGCAGACAAAAUGGUGAACGUGAUGGGAGAACACCUGGAACCUGAGGCACCUGCCAAGAACGACAAGGUUAAGGUGAUAUUGGGAGAGGACCGAGAGGCAACGGGAACUCUCAUCAACAUCGACGGCCAGGACGGGAUCGUACGCAUGGACCUGGACGCACAGCUCAAGAUCCUACAGCUCAGAUUUCUGGGGAAACUCGGACAGAAGGACUAGUAGUCUAGUAGAGGGUUCUUAGAAGGCGAAGACUGUGUAAGGUCGUGCAGCGUAGUUUCUUAAGAAAUGUAGAAAAAAGAGAUGAUAGGAGAAGUACAAGGAAAGAAAGGAGUCUGGUAAUUUGUAAGGCAAUGGCAACAGGAAUUCUGUGACACAGAAUUAAGAGGAGACUUGUUCAAAACUUGUGGACUGGGCAGAUGUCAUUAUUCAGACCAGUAUGGAAAGGACAGCUAAACAUUACUGUACAAGCUGAAUGUUACAGUUCAAGGUAUGGAAAGGACAGCUAAAUGUUACUGUACAUGGAAAGGAUAGCAAAACAUUACAACAUA